AUGCGAAAAGUCUCCAGUGUCACCUUUCCUCGCCACCCCAAGGGGAUCGGGCUGGGUGGCCUCAGUGUUGGUGGAGCAGCGAGUGCGCAGACGUCUCGCUCACAGCUCUGCCAUUGCUGGUGGUGCCCUUGCAGACAAGAGCAGGUCAGUGUUCUGUAUCAGAACAUACACAUAGCAGAACCAAGAUUAAUCCAGCCGUACGAACAUGUCAUUAAGAACUUCAUCCGGGAGAUCAAACUUCAAAGCACAGAAAUGGAAACUUUGGCCAUCGCGGUAAAAAGAGCUCAGGAUAAAGCUGCAGUUCAGCUCAGUGAGCUGGAGGAAGAGAUGGAACAACGGAUACAGGCUGCAGAGCAUAAAGUUAAAAAGGAAGAGAAGCGAAAAGCUGAAGAAGCACUAAAUGAGCUGAAGCGCCAGUAUGAUUCUGAAGUUGGGGAUCUUCAGGUGACAAUAAAAAAACUUAAGAAGCUGGAGGAGCGAUCCAAAAAUGUAACUCACAGGGAAGAUGUGGUUGAGUUGAAAAAAAGAAUACAUGAUAUGUUACUGGAAAAUCAAAAACUGAAGAAAGAUCUUUUAGAAGCACAGACAAAUAUAGCUUUUCUACAGAGUGAAUUAGAUAGCUUGAAAAGCGAGUAUGCAGAUCAGACUUUGAACACUGAGAGAGACCUAGAAAUGAUCCGAGAGUAUACUGAAGACCGAGAUAAUCUGGAAAGACAAAUUGAAAUACUUCAAUCAGCUAAUAGAAAGCUACAUGACAGCAAUGAUGGUUUAAGAAGUGCACUUGAAAACAGUUUCAGCAAGUACAACAGAUCAUUGCGGUUAGCAAACACCUCACCAGGAAGUACCAUUUCUAGAAGCAGUCCUAAAUUUAAUGGUGGACAGUCUCCUCUCAACCCACGGUAUGACAGAUCAUCUCAUUCUUCCUGUGUGGAUGAAGAUUAUGAUUCUUUAGCACUUUGUGAUCCCAUGCAAAGGAUAAACUGUGAAGUUGACAGCUUACCUGAGAGCUGUUUUGACAGUGGUUUGUCUACCCUGAGAGAUUCAAAUGAGUAUGAUUCAGAAGUGGAAUACAGGCAUCAAAGGAUUUUUCAAAGGUUGCAGUGUAUGCAAGAAAGCUUUGGUGGUGAUGCUUCUGAUACAGAUGUUCCAGAGAUUAGGGACGAAGAAGCAUACAAUCCUGAUAACAGCAGUACAGUAUUAGACUGGAAAUCCUCACGACCAGUAAGUCGAAGCAGCUCUGUUGCCUCAACAAGGAAAUGCAUAUCUGCUCUCACGCCUCAGUCAGAUGCAACCGAAUGUACUCCGAAAUACCUCAGUUCAGAGAAGGCUUACAAGAUUGUUCUUGCUGGAGACGCAGCAGUGGGAAAAUCCAGUUUCCUUACAAGACUUUGCAAGAAUGAAUUUCGGGGCAAUACCAGUGCAACCCUGGGUGUGGAUUUUCAAAUGAAAAGACUAAUUGUUGAUGGGGAACCUACAGUGCUACAACUAUGGGACACAGCUGGGCAGGAGAGAUUCCGAAGUAUUGCUAAAUCAUACUUUAGAAGAGCAGAUGGUGUCUUGUUGCUAUAUGAUGUAACGUGUGAAAAAAGCUUUCUUAAUGUGCGAGAAUGGGUGGAUAUGAUCGAGGAUGCAACUUAUGAGAAUAUUCCAAUUAUGAUGGUGGGAAACAAAGCAGAUCUCCGUCAAGCUGUUACAGAACAAGGGGAAAAAUGUGUGCCUAUAAACUAUGGAGAAAAGCUGGCUAUGACUUAUAAUGCGCUAUUCUGUGAAACAAGUGCUAAAGAUGGAUCUAAUAUUGUAGAAGCAGUUCUUCACCUUGCUCGUGAAGUGCGAAAGCGAAGUGAUAAUCAAGAUGAUACGAGUUCAGUGACCAGCCUGGCUGGGACAUCUGUCAAAAAAUCGGCACUCACGAAAAACUGUUGCAAAGUUUGA